AUGGUACAAUCAUCAGUUCAGUUUGAGGGAUUUCCAACGGAAGACCCAAACUUACAUCUGGCUAAUUUCCUAGAGCUCUGCGCCACAUUCAAGAUGAACAGAGUGACAAAUGAUGCAGUGAGAUUGAGACUUUUCCCGUUUUCACUGAGGGACCGAGAAAAGAGUUGGCUUAUUUCUCUGGAAGCCAAUUCUAUAACAACAUGGGAAGAGCUAACUCAAAAAAAUUUAGCGAAAUUUUUCCCACCAUCGCUGUCUGCACGAUAUAGAGGUGAAAUCAAUAAUUUUCACCAAAAAGAUGGUGAAUCGUUGUAUGAUGCGUGGGAGAGGUUUAAGGAGCUGUUGAGAAAAUGGCCCCAUCAUGGAAUCGAAAAAUGGAUGCUAGUCCAUAUUUUUUACAAUGGUUUGUGUGGUACUACUCGCACAAUCAUAGAUGCAGCGUCUGGAGGAGCGUUCAUGAGUAAGAGCGUUAACCAAGCUUAUGAUCUGUUGGAGGAAAUGGCCAUGAAUAACUAUCAAUGGCCAUCAGAAAGAGAAACCAAUAAGAAGGUGGCUGGAGUGCAGGAAUUGGAUGCCAUUUCAAUGUUGUCCGGUCAAGUGGCAACAUUAACUAAACAGUUACAGCAGAAUAACAUUCAUGCUCAGGCGCCCGUGAUGCAAAUGCAAAUUAUUUGUGAGUUAUGUGGGGGGCCUCAUUUAUUUGAACAAUGCACAAAUAGGGAUUUUAACAAUAUGCCUAUGGAGCAAGUGCAAGCAAUAGGGAACUUCCCAAGACCUUCCGACAACCCAUAUUCCAUGAAUUACAAUCCAGGGUGGCGGAAUCAUCCAAAAUUUUCGUGGACAACUGGGCAGGGCAGUCAGCAACAGUUUUAA